CGCUAACGACGAACAGCGGCUAGCCGGAGUGAGGAACGUCGAACAUCAUCGCUGUAAAAAAAAUCCAAUUUCUCGGUUGAAUUUAACAGUUUCCCGCAACAUUGGUGUCGCCAAACGUGUCGGCUUACUUCAACGUGCAAGUAAAGCAUGCAAGGCGUUGUAGUGCGUGAACAUUUUGCCCCGAAAAGUUAGUGCAAAGGCAACGCGAAACGCAGACGUAAAACCGGCGAAGCGCAGCACAAGAAGCGGAAAGGGCAGUGCGUUUUUGUAUCGCUGGUAGUGAUAUAGUAGUGGUAGAGAGGGCUGCUAUCUUCCUUCCUGUCGUGGUGUCGUCGUUCCGUGUAAAAGAGCUUACACAGUCGCGUUGACUGAAGGAGAGAAAGAUGGCCGAUGGCGUUGAAAUCGAUCUGUAUGCCGAUGAUUUGGAUCAGGAUUACGCACAGAAUAAUGACGACUUUGGCGGAGAUAGCGGCGACCUGUACGACGAUGUAAUCGUACCUUCCGGUGACCGCAAUAAUGUGGGCAGAGGGCCGUCCAUUGAUCGUGGCGAUGGAGUCGAUACGAAUGGGUCGUAUCACCAUCAUCCCGGUGCUUGGUCAAUCAGUCACAUUCCACGACGUCAUCAACUGUACGUGGGCAAUCUGCCCUGGUGGACGACGGAUCAGGACAUCACGGAUUCGGUGGCGGACGUUGGCGUAAAUGACUUCCAGGAGGUGAAGUUUUUCGAAAACCGUGCCAACGGUCAGUCGAAGGGGUUUUGCGUUAUUUCGCUCGGGUCGGAGAACAGUUUGCGCCUGGUGAUGGAUCGGUUGCCGAAGAAGGAAUUGCACGGCCAGAAUCCGGUCGUAACGAUGCCUACGAAGCAAGCGCUCAACCAGUUCGAAAGUCAACAAAAGACUAGGCCAACACCACCGGCACCGGGACAAACAAACGGACCACGGCCCCCAGUACCGGGCAUGCCGAUGGGUGGUCCGGGCGGUCCGGGUGGCCCAGGAGGUGGCCAUGGUGGACCGGGAAUGGGUGGCCCUGGAGGACCACCGGGAGGUCCCGGUGGUCCCGGUGGUCCGGGAGGCCCGGGAGGUCCAGGAGGUAUGGGAGGUCCCGGAGGACCGCAGCCGCGUAUGAUGAAUCCGAAUAUGCCGCCGGGAAUGCGUCCACCGCACCCACACAUGUCCGGUCCGAUGCACAUGCAAGGACCGCAUGGCGGCCCGGGCGGUCCACCAAGACCACAGGGACCACCAAUGCAUCAAGGCAAUGGACCACCGCAGCAACCGCCUCGAUUCCAGAAUCAAAACCAAUGGAAUGGUCCACCACGUAUGAACGGUCCACGACCAGGCGGCCCAGGGGGUCCAGGCCCAAUGCAGCACAGGCCGCAAAUGUUCCAGGGACCACCGAAUGGUAUGCCGCGCGGGCCUCGCCCCGAAUGGAACAGACCACCGAUGCACGGUGGAUAUCCGCCACAUCCGGGUGGCCCCGGUCAGGGACCGCCACACAUGCAGGGCGGCCCACAUGGACCUCGUGCACCCCAUCACGGAUCGAUGGGUGGACCGCCGGGUCCGCAAGGUCCUGCACCGCACGUAAAUCCUGCAUUCUUUAACCAAGGCGGUGGCCCACCGAACCAUCCAAACGGUGGUGGCCCCGUAGGACCACCGCAUGGACCUCAAGGUCAAGGUGGAGGACCUCCGCAACAUUUUAACCCGCAGGGUGGUGGAGCUCCCCGUGGUGGUCCGUGGCCGGUACAGGGCGGUAAGCCCCCAGGUGCACCGGGUGGUUUCCCGGAACACACCAUUACACCGCAGCUGAGCGAGGCAGAAUUUGAAGAGAUUAUGACCAGAAAUCGCACCGUUAGCAGUUCCGCCAUCGCCAGAGCCGUAUCGGAUGCCGCUGCUGGAGAAUAUUCGAGCGCAACGGAAACCCUUGAGACCGCUAUCUCGCUCAUCAAGCAGUCGAAGGUCGCUCAAGACGAACGGUGCAAAAUAUUGAUCGUUUCACUGCAAGACACACUGCAUGGUAUCGAGACGAAGAGUUACACCCGUCGGGAACGGUCCCGUUCACGCGAACGCUCGCACAGACGCCAGCGUCGGGAGCGUUCGACGUCACGCUACCGGGAACGAUCGCGCGAUCGCGAACGGGACCGUGAACGUGAUCGGGAUCGUGAUCGUGAGCGUGAUGGCUCUCGUCGAUCCCGCCCAAGAAAAUCUCCAGAACCGGCCACCGAUAAUGCAACGGAUAGCUCCUCCAAGCGCUACUACAAUGACGAUCGCUAUCGUUCGUCAGACCGUGAGCGGGAACGCGAUCGCGAUCGUGAACGUCGCGAAGAUCACCGAUCCCGACAUUAAUAGUACUAAUCAAUGAUCCCAUCCCUCCCAUCCGUAACAUUAUUUUUUCGGUUGCUAAAUGUAAAAAAAAGGAAACCCUCUCAUGUUUCACGCAAGCUUUGCAACUUUACACCAUCCUAGCAACACGUCUAGUGGAAACAUUCGCGGCAGAAUUUAGUCCGUUUCCAUUUUCCCUUUAUUUUUAAAUGAAAUUGAACUAUUUGGUACGACUCUUUUGGUGCAGUGCAAAUAACAAGGCCACGCCAAAUGGAGCUAGCAGAUAAAAGAAAGGGAACAGUUGAACGAGAGCAAUUUACUAACGUUUGAACGAGAAUCGCUCUCUGGUUUCCUCCUGAACAAGAAUCUAUUUUGCUCCGUAGAAAAAAAACCGGAAGCCCAAUCCAGUGAGCUGAGCAAGCAAGUUCACUUUUAAUUCCACAUAAAUAAUGACUAUUCUACACAAAAAGAAAAGAAAAAGGAACACAAUGGAAAUAUCCAAUCCAUUACUGCUACGUAGGAAAAUUAAGCGGCAAAGUAGCAAAUGGUUCAGCUCAAUUCAUAUUUUGAAUGCUGACAAAGAUUUGUAGCGUGAAUGGAAACAACUAUACAUACACACACACACACACGUCCCAAACAAACACCACAAAACCUAUUCCUUCCGGCCCUUCUAGUAGUGUGACAGUGAAUGUGUCAUACCGUAAAGGAUAUGCAUUUCCACUUCACUUUCGUGUCGCGUCGUGCUGGGUGAAAGAUCGCGUAUUGUGUGCAGUGUUUCCGUCAGUGUUAUCCAUCGAUCCCCGGUUUCCAGUCUUCUGCACAACGAUCGAGAUCGAGUAAUUGCAGUUAGCAGGCAGUGACAGUGUAACGACGGACAGUACCAAGAGCCGACAAACUUUCAACUGUCCUCGGCACCGCCGCCAGCAGCAGCAGUAGCAAGCAGCUUGUGGUGCAGCGUGUAUUGCCAAGUGACCGACAACACACCCGUAGCCAGACGUACUACUGCACGGACGCUACAAAUCCGCAAAGAAGAUUGUAACCCAUCCCCUUUUUAAGUCAAUAAUUAUAAACGUAAUCAGAGAGAAAAAAAAAAUCAAAAAAGAAACAAAAAAAAAAUCAUUGUUCAAACUUUGUGUACCGUGUUGUGUAUUCUGUCCCUACCC